AUGGAGUCACAAUAUCCAAGUCAGGGAUCCUUGCUUUCCCCGACAAAUAACACUGCUGUGGAGGAGAGUUCGUCACAAGAGAAAUGCUUGAAAAGGCAACAGGACCUUUCCUCGCCAAGUAAAGCGUUCGACCGCCAUCUGGACGACGAAACAGUAUCGCCACCCGUCGUGCAAGGCACAACGCCGUCCAAGAACACCCACCAGGGCUUCGUCAUUGUAGUAGAGAGCCAGGGCCAACAAGGCCAAGAGCAACAGCAGCAGCAGCAGCAGCAGCAGCAAGGAUCAGAAUUGCCAUACCAACAACCAGAAACGCCACAUCGACGCCGAGAUAUCGUUGAGCAGGCCCGUAGCACUGCGGUUCCGACAAGACCUCGGGAAGCCGACAGCCACAGUCCACCACCACAGCUGGUCUACCAGGUCCGCAGACAGUUUGACAACGAAACCGGUGACGCCACUACAUCGACCAGCAGCAGCAGCAGCACCACUGCCACCACCACCAGUAGCAGUGACAGCAGCAGCACCACCACCACCACUAGUAGUAGUAGUCGCAGCAGCGGCAACAGUCGCAGCGGCAGCAGCAGGUCGACCAACCGGGCAAGCAGCCGGUCGAGCACCACGUCGAUAUCCAUCCUGCCGCUCACCAGCUCAUCGACGUCAUUAACCAUAGCCCCCAGCACCCUGACCACCUCGACAUCCGCCUCGCCAAACGUCACGCUGUCUCUCCUACCACCGGCCGGGGGCGGCAACUCCACGGGCUCCGGCCCCACCACCACCGUCACCAUCAUCACCGGCCCGCCGCCAUCCAAUGCGCCGUCGGCAGCCACCAGCAGCGACGAGCGCAUGUCGGCAAACCUCGUGCUCGUCGUGACCUUUUGUGCCGUUUUUGGUGCCGUCUUGCUGAUCGGCACUGGCAUCUUCCUGUGGAAGCGGGCGCGCAGGCGAAGGGACCGCAUCAACGGCUCGCCGAGCAAGGGCGGCAGCGGCGGCGGCGGCGGUGGGCGGGGCGGCCGGGGCAGCGGCGGCAAGAGCGGCAAGCGCAGCAAGUACGACGGUCCCACGGGUUCGCUGUACGGCGACGACCCCUACGCCACGGCCGCCGGCGAGAUGGAGCACGGGCCCGUGUGGGGCGUCACGCCCCCGUGGGCAGUGGCUGACCUGCCGCUCUCCCCGCCGGCCAUCGUGCUGCCGCCCGACCCCAACCGGCGCAUGACCCUGCCGGGCACCAUGUCCCGGACCCUGCCCAAGAUCGUGGCCCAGCGAGCCAGUCCCACUAAUGACGCCAGCUCGAGCAACUACCCGCCGUCGAGGAGCGGGAGCAGCGCCUACACUCCAACUCGGGGGAGGAGUCCGAGGGAUGAGGGGUAUGACCCCAGCAAUGUGAUAUGA